AUGUCUGUGGGGGCGUACGCCGCUUCAGACUGUGAGAGCGAGGCGUCCAUAGCCUCGUCAACACGGUCCCGCGGUUGCGUCACCCACGGGCGAUACGUCGGCCUGCAUAGGCAGAGGAGGGUAUCGGAGGCUCGCCGCGGAGUCGGCGCAGUCGUCCGAUACGCUCGACGACAAGGUGGAAGAGGAACGGCAGAGGAGGGAUGCCAGGGCGGCGGUCCGGGACCUGAUGAGUUCCGGACUGCAGCCGCUCGACCCCUCAUCGGCGAAGGAAUCCAUCGACGACAGCCUUAUGGCAAUCCUGGAGGGCGGUGUCCGCGCCCUGACAAAGUCCACCGGACGGAGGGGCUGCUGGCGGAAAACGCCAGGCUAAGCCGGGAGCUCGAGGAGCUGCGGGGCAAGAUUCAGUCCGUCGAAAAGCGGACGGCCCCAGCAGCCCUCGACUUCGAAGCUAUGCAGCGCGCCAUCAUGGUGUCCGUAGGGACCAUGAUGGACGCCAAACUGGCGGGGCUAACAGCAGGCUCCCGCCAGAGCCGAUUCUGCGCCGCCUUGGCGGCGGACGGAAGGCGCCCGGAGGCGGAGGCGACGGGCCGUGGCCCCAAACCCGCCUAUAACCAGGUGCUAAAGGCGGCCCCGGCCCCGAAGCCGGCGUCAAAGACGGCGCCAAAGACGGCGCCGAAGCCGGCGCCGAGACCGGUGCAGCGACUGGCGCCGAAGCCAACCCCAACGCCGGAUCCUAAACCGGCGAAGGGGAAGGCUAAGACGGUCGCGCAACCGGCGCCGGCUCUGGUUCCGGCGCCGGAAGAGGCGCCGGUUGCGAGCACAUCCGAGGCCGUGGACGAAGGGUGGACCACGGUCUCCAAGAAAAAGAAACCGCCGAAGCCGAAGGCGCCGGAGCGCCCCAAGGCUCAGCCCGAGAGGAGGAAGGAAGCCCCUCCUCAAAAGAAGAAGGGGGGGCCGAAGGCUGUCUCUGGCAAGCAACGGCGCAAGCGUGCGCAGCGCCAGAGACGCCUCGCCCGCACCGCCGCCGUGGUGUUAACCAUAACACCAGAGGCGGAGAGGGAAGGCCUCACAUACGCCACGGUGCUCACCAAGGCGAGGGCUGGGGUCGACCUUAAUGCGAUGGGGAUCGACAUGGCGGUGGACCCCAUCCGCAUAAGGAAGGCGCAGACCGGGGCUCGGGUGCUUCAGCUCCCGAAGAAUGUCGGUCGGGAGGCGGCUGACGAGAUGGCCAAGAAACUCGAGGCCAUCUACGACGGUGACGUCAGGGUCACCAGACCCGUCAGGUGUGCGGAGCUCCGGGUGUCAAACCUGGAUGACUCCGUCACCAAGGAGGAGAUCCGUGACGUCGCCGCGCGCCAGAGUCCAGUGCGCGCCGACAACAUUAAGUGGGGACCUGAGGCCAAGCCCGGUCAAAAAUUCAGCGCCGUGCUGAAAUGCCCAUUGGAGGCGGUGCCGCGGCUGGUUACCACCAAGACACAAAAGUUCCUGGUGGGUGGAGCUCGGCAACGGUCGUGCAGCUGGAGGCACGACCACUUAAGUGCUACCGCUGCCUAG